AUGUCUUGGAAAGCUUCAUUGUUCUCAAAUGUUGAGAGGGUGAAAGCCAAUCAUAUAACUCCUCCGAUGGCAUCUCUCAACCCGACUAUUAUUUUUGAGGCUGGAGGCAAGCGGUAUGUCACAACAGAAGCCAUUCCUUUCCAGUCCCCAACCAACACUCCCUUGAGAUCUCAACUCGUGACCGUCUUCGCAAACCAUGACGGUAUAGCUCUCAACAAAGCGUGGCUGGAAACAUACUUGGACAAGCUGGAUGGCUGUGAUGUGUAUGAUCGUAACCUGUUCCUUUCAGGUGUCAUCAUUACUACCCCGCAUCGUGGCCUGGCUGUGCCUCAAGAUUCUUGGGAAUACCUGAAGGAGCUCGGAAUGAAGUGGCUCGAUGUUAUCGUUGAAGGCGACGAGGCUCAUCUUCCUACGGGGCCUUACCUCUACACAGAUAACAAGCUUCACCCUGUUUGCCGUUUGUAUGAUGACGAGAAGGGAGCAUUUUUCUCGGGAUUGAAACCCAAGUUGGAUUUAUCGCCAUUGUCGGUGUUUGAACAGCUCGGGGUUGCAAGUACCUCCAGUAACUGCCUCGUCAUUGCCGUUCCGCCUCAAGCACCAACUCUCGCUACCAACACCCUGCCAAAGCUACGUAUUGCAGUAAAGGACUGCUUUUUCGUUCGCGGUAUGAAAACAUCACUUUGCAAUAGAGCUUACCAUGAGUUAAGCGAGCCUGCAACUUUCACGGCCGACGUGAUCCAAGCACUGAUCAAUGACGGCGCACAAAUACUGGGAUUGACGAAACUUAGCUCGAUGAUAGCCCGAGAAGAGCCCAUGGAUGCCGUUGACUAUUCAACAGCCUUUAAUCCCAGAGGAUAUGGGUAUCAAUCUCCCGCGGGGAGUAGUAGUGGAAGUGCUGCUGCUGUUGCGGCUUAUGACUGGCUUGACUGCGCGAUCGGUACCGAUACAAGUGGAAGUGGUCGUCGACCAGCGUUGGCGAAUGGUGUUUGGCAAUUCAGGCCUUCUCAUGAUUCUAUAUCCUUGAGAGGCCUGGUAAAAACAUAUGCAAUUUUUGAUACGCCUUGCAUUUUUGCGAGAAGUCUCGAUGUCAUACGACGCGUUGCGAAGACUUGGAUUGCGACUCCAUUGGAUGUGAAGAAGCGGCCAUAUUGUCUCAUCUAUCCAUCAGAUUACCUUCCAACAAAGAAUCCAGAACAAAUGAAGAUUAUCGGCUCGCACACCCGCCAGAGGCUUCUGACGAUGUUGAGCAGUAUCUUUAUGACAUUAUUCGGAGAACCUUUUAUCAUCAGUUCUACCACUCAACAGCAAGCUUCAGGCAAUUAUACGCCGAGAGACAUGAUGGCCAAUAGCCCUAUAAAGUGGCUUCACAAUCAAUUCUUUGGAAACGAGAACUUUGAGACGUUUGUCAUUCUUCCUGUCGCUGAAGUUAAACCUGUCUAUCGUGACGAGAAGGCUGAAUCACCCGAGACUCAGUCAGCAUGUGAUCAACUGUUUUUGCCACCGAUUCUUGGAAGCCCCGAUGUCGUUGUACCAAUUGGAGAGACGCGGUAUUAUUCAAAGAUCAGCAACAAGAUUGAGUAUCUGCCAGUGGUAGCCAACAUUGUCGCUGCACCGGGCCGAGACCAUGAGUUUUUGGAGGCGGUUGAUGCUAUUCUUGAGAGGUCUGGACGAUCCAAUGUAGUUUCCACAGGAUCUAGGAUAUUUGCUCCAUAA